CUCAAGCUAGUGUUCCCUUUCUGCCCUAAUGCCAUUGUUGAGUUAGUGUUGUAGAUCCCUCAAUCGCAUUGUUCUCCCUCUCAAAUCAGCGUCUCAAAUUCAAACAACAGCAAAGCAAUAAACUCUCUGAUCCAAAACCUAAAAAAUCAUCUUCUGGGGUCUUGUUCUGUACGUGACCAUGAAAUCUCGAUACGCUAUGGUGUGUUCUUCGAAUCAGAAUCGAAGCAUGGAAGCUCACUUCCUUCUCAAGAGGCAGGGUUUCGACGUGUCUUCUUACGGUACAGGUGCCCACGUUAAGCUCCCUGGUCCUUCCCUCAGAGAACCCAAUGUCUACGACUUCGGAACUCCAUACAAGCACAUGCUCGAAGACCUUCGCAGAAAAGACCCUGAACUUUACAAGCGAAAUGGAAUCUUGCCGAUGCUUAAAAGAAAUUCAACGGUCAAAUUGGCACCUCAACGAUGGCAAGAGAAUGCUGCUGAUGGCUCCUUUGAUGUGGUAUUUACAUUUGAAGAAAAAGUAUUCGAUAUGGUUGUUGAAGAUCUUCAUAAUAGAGAUCAUGUUCUAAUGAAAACUGUGCUGAUAAUCAACUUGGAGGUGAAAGAUAACCAUGAGGAAGCAGCUGUAGGAGCAAGGCUUACUUUAGAUCUAUGUCAGGAGAUUGAAGCUGCUGAGUCAUGGGAGGAGUCCAUUGAUGACAUUGUUACUGGAUUUGAGAAACAGCAGCGGCGGAAGCUUUUGUACAGCAUCUCCUUCUACUAAAAAUCAUAGUAUAGUGGUUACUAUCGAACAAUUCACAAUUUGAAUAGCAUGAUUCGAUAUUAUUUUGUUAAGCUGCUAUUCGUUUAAUAUGAUGAGUCUCUUUUAAAAGAUAGUGUUCUCAAAACAUAUUAGCUUAUAGGUUCACGGUUCAAUUGUUUUAUAUA